AUGUACUCGGCUAGAGAGCAACAAAAUAACCAACGAUUUGAUGAACUUGCACAAACAUUACAUCAAUUUCGUAAUACGGUAGAUAAUGAUAUACAUGGUUCUAUUCAACAGGAAAACCUGAUGAUUGAUAUGCUUGGAGACAACUUCAGUCAAUUAAUGACACUGGUAAAAAGGACCAGUGGAGACUUAAGAAACGUUAUGACAAGAAACGCCAGUCUCACAAGAGUGGUUAUUACAAUCCUCAUUGCAUUCGUCGUCAUUUGGACCUUAUACAAGUUAUUAUGA